GACUCAAGGCCUGCUUGAUACGUCCGCCAUUUUGGGCGCUUCGCUGAUGGUGUCGGUGAGCGCGUUUCCCGCCUGAGCGCAACUAGCGGAGUGCUUCUGUUUCCUAUGAUACCAUAUUUUAGUUCGGCUAAUCUUCUAAUGCGGUAAAUUGGAAGACCGUUACCAUCAGGAUAACCUGUAAUGGGCAAGGAGCCACAGAGAAGAAAACAUUUGUUUUAAUUUUUAACCUUGGUUUGAAAGACCAGCAUGUUUUGGAAAUUUGAUCUUCACUCAUCAUCCCACAUAGACACACUUCUAGAAAGAGAAGAUGUAACACUGAAGGAGUUAAUGGAUGAGGAAGAUGUUUUACAGGAAUGUAAAGCUCAGAACCGCAAACUUAUAGAGUUUCUGUUAAAAGCAGAAUGUCUCGAAGAUUUAGUCUCAUUCAUUAUAGAAGAACCACCUCAAGACAUGGAUGAAAAGAUCAGAUACAAGUAUCCAAAUAUAUCUUGUGAGUUGCUCACUUCUGAUGUCUCCCAGAUGAAUGAUAGACUGGGAGAAGAUGAAUCCUUGCUAAUGAAAUUAUAUAGCUUCCUCCUAAAUGACUCCCCCUUGAACCCACUACUUGCCAGUUUCUUCAGCAAGGUGCUAAGUAUUCUUAUCAGCAGAAAACCAGAACAGAUUGUGGAUUUCUUAAAGAAGAAACGUGAUUUUGUAGACCUUAUUAUAAAGCACAUAGGAACGUCUGCUAUCAUGGAUUUGUUGCUCAGACUCCUGACAUGUAUUGAGCCUCCACAACCCAGGCAAGAAGUGCUGAAUUGGUUAAAUGAGGAGAAAAUUAUCCAGAGGCUUGUGGAAAUAGUUCAUCCAUCGCAAGAAGAAGAUCGACAUUCAAAUGCUUCACAGUCACUUUGUGAAAUUGUUCGCCUGAGCAGAGACCAGAUGUUACAAGUUCAGAACAGUACAGAACCAGACCCCCUGCUUGCCACUCUAGAAAAGCAAGAAAUUAUAGAGCAGCUUCUAUCAAAUAUUUUCCACAAGGAGAAAAAUGAAUCUGCCAUUGUCAGUGCAAUCCAGAUUUUACUGACUUUACUUGAGACUCGGAGACCAACAUUUGAAGGCCAUAUAGAGAUCUGCCCACCAGGCAUGAGUCAUUCAGCUUGUUCGGUUAACAAGAGUGUUCUAGAAGCCAUUAGAGGAAGACUUGGAUCUUUUCAUGAACUCCUACUUGAGCCACCCAAGAAAAGUGUGAUGAAGACAACAUGGGGUGUACUAGAUCCUCCUGUCGGGAACACCCGGUUGAAUGUGAUUCGGUUGAUAGCCAGCCUGCUUCAAACCAACACCAGCAGUAUAAACGGGGACCUGAUGGAGCUGAACAGCAUUGGAGUUAUACUGGACAUGUUCUUCAAGUAUACGUGGAAUAAUUUUUUGCAUACACAAGUGGAAAUAUGUAUUGCACUGAUUCUUGCUAGUCCUUUUGAGAACACAGAAAAUGCUACAAUUAGUGACCAGGAUUCCGCUGGUGACAACUUCUUGUUGAAACACCUUUUUCAAAAAUGUCAAUUAAUAGAACGAAUACUUGAAGCCUGGGAAAUGAAUGAGAAGAAACAGGCUGAGGGAGGCAGACGGCAUGGGUACAUGGGUCAUCUCACUAGGAUAGCCAACUGUAUCGUGCACAGCACUGACAAGGGCCCCAACAGCGCAUUGGUACAGCAGCUUAUCAAAGAUCUUCCCGAUGAAGUCAGGGAGCGAUGGGAGACAUUCUGCACGAGCUCCUUAGGAGAGACGAACAAGAGGAACACGGUAGAUCUAGUUACAACCUGCCAUAUUCAUUCAUCCAGUGAUGAUGAAAUUGACUUUAAAGAAACGGGUUUCUCGCAGGACUCCUCUUUGCAGCAAGCCUUUUCUGAUUAUCAGAUGCAACAAAUGACGUCCAAUUUUAUUGACCAGUUUGGCUUCAACGAUGAGAAGUUUGCAGAUCAAGAUGACAUUGGAAAUGUUUCUUUCGAUCGGGUAUCAGACAUCAACUUUACUCUCAAUACAAAUGAAAGUGGAAAUAUUGCCCUCUUUGAAGCAUGCUGUAAGGAACGAAUACAGCAGUUUGACGAUGGUGGCUCCGAUGAGGAGGAUAUCUGGGAGGAGAAGCACAUUGCAUUUACACCAGAAUCUCAAAGAAGGUCCAGCUCAGGAAGUACGGACAGUGAAGAAAGCACAGAUUCCGAAGAAGAAGAUGGAGCAAAACAAGACUUGUUUGAGUCCAGUAGUGCUAAUACAGAGGAUAAAAUGGAGGUGGACCUAAAUGAGCCACCCACCUGGUCAGCCAACUUUGACGUCCCAAUGGAGACCACCCAUGGCGCUCCAUUAGACUCUGUAGGGUCUGACGUCUGGAGCACGGAGGAGCCAGUGCCAACCAAAGAGACAGGCUGGGCUUCUUUUACGGAGUUCACAUCCUCCCUGAGCGCAAAAGAUUCCUUAAGGAGUAGCUCUCCAGUGGAGAUGGAGACCAGCACGGAGCCUGUGGACCCUCUGACUCCUGGGGCAGCUGCACAGCCAGAAGCAUCGGGGAGCAUGGCCAUGGAAGCUGGCUCAGACGGGGAGGAGGAUGCAGAAAGUACAGACAAGGUAACUGAGACCGUGAUGAAUGGCGGCAUGAAGGAAACGCUCAGCCUCACUGUAGAUGCCAAGACAGAGACUGCCGUCUUCAAAAGUGAGGAAGGAAGACUGUCUACCUCUCAAGAUGCUGCUUGUAAAGACACGGAGAGCCCCGAGCCAGCAGAGGCGAAGUGUGCAGUCCCCCGGCCUCCCAGCAGCAGUCCCGAGCAGAGGACGGAGCAGCCAAGUGGGCCAGGAGACGCAGCAGUCAAUGGCCCUGUAUGAUGAGCGAUGGAGCUGCUGCCGGCUGAGGACUGCGGACCACCGCCCCGGCUCCGGAGGAACUUGCGCCUCCGCGUCGCCACAGCUGCUCUCACUGUGCGAGGGAUCAGGACCAGCACCCUUUCUGUUCUAGAUUCUAAGACACUGUACAGAAAAAUCCAGACGUGUACAAAUACUGCACAUUGACAAAUACCAAGAAUUUUUGCGUAUGUUUAUAUUGUAUUGUUCUAAAUAACGGGUGGCCUGUGAGCACACGCCUGCCACCGCGUGACGAUAGUGUGAUGCUGUAGUUAACAUGCUCGUAAGAAUAGUUUUAUAAAGUGAACACAGAUCUAUUGUAUUUGACCUUUAUUAGUGCGACCAAAGUAUUAGGCAAGUUUCCUACAUUUUUCACCUUGUACAAAGUUCUGAAUUCGUCUCUCUUCCAGGCUGGCAGCGCGCAGCCCUCAGUGCCCUCCACUGCUAUUUUGGUUGUUCCAACUUACAACAGUGAUUUUGAAUAAGAAAUAUUGGGUGUUCUUUUUAUAACCAGUUUUUGAUUGGUAAUUGUUUUCUGUAUUGUUUAAAAUGGAUCAAAAAUGUAAGUCUAUUGGUAGAGAUUAAGUAUUUAUUGCUGCAGCUUAGUUGAUAAAUGGGUGUUCCUGUAAGCCAUACGUUCUGUUACGGUCUGUGUGCUUGAACCGUGCUUCGGUGAGGCACUGGAGGGUUGGAGUGUCAUGGCUAGGGUUUGGGUUUGGGGGUGGUUCUGUUCCUGUUUUUGUUGUUGUUUGUUUCAUUUGGGUAGUUCCUUUGCCUUCUUACCCCAUUCUCCCAAACCAGCCUGUCCUUGACCACGUGUCAGCCGUGCCCACAGGAGGCCCCUGUGUCACGCGCGGCAGGUCAGCUGCAGUUGGAUGCCUACGCCGAGGACGGGGGUGGGGCAUGCGCAUUUCACAGGCCGGGGUCUGCGGAGCGGAGAGCACGCUCCGGCACGGAACGAAGCAUGUUACCUGUUUCACUGUACCUUGUGAGCUUUCCCUCGUCAACUCUAAACCAGUGCGUUUUUUAGAGCUGGUUUGUAUAUAUAUAGUGAUUAUGGAUACUAAUUCAAUGUAAUUUAUAAUUUUCUAUGUCAAUAUCAAAUCCAUCACCGCCUUCUCCACCAGCUGAAGCAAUAUAUUGUACAUUGUAUAUUGCCACGCCGUCUGGUGAGUGGGCUAGCACUUCACCUCUUGCACUUUUAGAUGCAAAUCAGUUUUUCAUUUCUGUAAUAGAAAAUUAUUCACGUAUUUUUACAUCGUUUGUUUUUUCCUGAUCAGUAUUUAAAACCAAAAGGAUAUUCUGAGAAAAAAAAUGGCCAACAAAUUUUUUAGAGACAGCAUCCCAAGCAGCGUGCCUAAACAAUACAUUGCAUAUAGAAAUAAAGAAUCAAACGUC